UAACCCAGCUCCAGCCCCGUUCCCACCCCGCACCUCCAGCUCCGUCUCCCUCUCUCCUUCCUGAACCUCCAGCUCGAACCCCCUCCCACCGUCUCUUGCUGAUUGUAAAGAGACUCUUGAUGUUCAUGCUGGUCAAAGUGAUACUGGGGGUUAUUAUUGAAUGCUAUUCCCGCACUCUCUCGCACAAUCCAAACUGGCAGAUUCCGAUUCCUUCCCGCCAUCUGACCCGGAUGCGGAAACACCCUCUUUUUUUGGUGGUGGUUCCGGGGUACAGGCGCUGGUGAGGCACGAGGUAAUCCAUCAGCAAGUGCAACAUCAGGUCACUGAUGCCUCUUCUCUUAUAUUGGAGAGAUCUCUGAACCGGGUCCAGCUGCUCGGCAGGGUUGGGCAGGACCCUGUGAUGCGACAGGUGGAUGGCAAGAAUCCGGUGACAAUUUUCUCCUUGGCGACCAAUGAAAUGUGGCGGUCAGGGGACAGUGAUACAUUUACAUCAGGUGACAUCAGUCAGAAGACAACCUGGCACCGAGUUUCCAUAUUCCGACCAGGCUUGAGGGACUUAGCUUAUCAAUACGUGAAGAAGGGAGCCAGAAUUUAUGUAGAGGGGAAACUAGACUAUGGUGAAUAUGUGGACAAGAGCAAUGUUCGAAGACAAGCAACUACAGUGGUGGCAGAUAAUAUAAUAUUUCUAAGCGACUCUGUCAAGGAUAAAGUCUAGCCAGCUUCUCCCCCUGGUGGUGGUUUUGAUUGUUUUUCUGUAUCUAUGUUUAUGACUGUGAAUUGGACUCUAGCCUUGGGCUUAUAGUGAUGUCACUUCUGAAUAGAUCAUGUAAUUUUUGAUAAUUGUUCAAUGUGCUAAGAUUACAAUAAAGUAAUGGCUGAUCAUA